AGCCGGGGGUGUGUCGAGCUGUGCCGUGCCUUACAGAGAAGGGCAGGGAAAUUGGUGAAGGGUCUGGAGCUCAAGUCUUAUGAGAAAUGGCUGAGGGAGCUGGGAGCGUUUAACCUGAGGAAAAGGCUUAGGGAGACCUUAUUGCUGUCUACAACUACUUUUGAAAUGAGGUGUAGCUAGGUGGGAGCAGGCCCCUUCUCCCAGGCAGUCAGCGACAGGACGAGGAGGUUCAGGUUGGACAUUAGUAAGUGUUUCUUUACAGAAGGAUGGCUAGAUACUGGAAAGGACUGCUGAGGGAGAUGGUGGAGUUACAGUCCCUUGGAGGUGUUUAAGUAAAGACUGAACUUGGCACUUGUCUAGGGUUAGGCACUAGGUUAGCCAUGCUGUAGUGGAUGUGGUGGUGUUUGGUCAUAGGCUGAUCUCAGAAGUAUUUUCGUGCCUAAUUCUUUCUGUGAUUCUGUGCUGUGAACUGUGGGCAUGUGGUGCAGCACCCCGGGGAGCAGGCAGGGCAAUGCCAUGGCAGUGCAGAGCAGCAUUAGAGGGAUGUGCAGGACGGUGCUGUAGGGGGCACAGCACAGUGUGCACCCUCGGGGGCUGCAGAGUAGUGCCCCUGUAGGAACGCCUGCAGGGCAGCCUUUGGAGGCUUGAGCUGCGCCCUGCAGUGCUGUGCAGCACCAUACCACCCCGAGGAGGGGGUGUGGGGUGCAGCACAAGUGGGGUGACCCCAGGCAAGCAGGGUGAUGUGUGAAGUAGUGUCCUGACUGCAGUGUUCUGCUGACAGCAGGAGUGCAGGGGCCUCCUGGGCUCGGGGCUGCUGAAAGUCCAGUUGUCCUGUUAAAUAUAAACCUGCCAUGGCUCUCACCCAGCUGACUGCUCCUGUGGCCGUGGCAGGCGUGCACUCAAUGAGCAAGCAAGGCAGGAUCCUACUGAGUGGCCUUUUCCCCUGCCCAGACCUACGCCAAGAUGGCCACAGUUUCCCCUAGCUUCGACAUUGACUCCCCACGCUGGGACCAGAGCACCUUCGUGGGGCGCCUGAAGCACUUCCUCAACAUCACCGACCCUCGGACAGUGCUGGUGUCAGAGGAGGAGCUGGACCAGGCCAAGGCCCUGGUGGAGAGCUGCAGGGCCGGGCUGGUGCCGCCAGGAAGCAGCCAGGAGCAGCUGCUCUAUGCCAAGAAGCUGUACGACUCAGCCUUCCACCCUGACAGCGGUGAGAAGAUGAACUUCAUUGGCAGGAUGUCCUUCCAGGUGCCGGGGGGCAUGGCCAUCACUGGCUGCAUGCUCCAGUUCUACCGGACAGUGCCUGCAGUGGUUUUCUGGCAGUGGGUGAACCAGUCCUUCAAUGCCUUUGUCAACUACACCAACCGCAACGCUGCCUCCCCCAUCUCCCUGAGGCAAAUCGGGGUGGCUUAUGUCACAGCCACCAGUACAGCCCUGGCCACCGCAGUGGGACUCAACCUCUACACCAAGCGAGCUCCCCCCUUGCUGGCGCGCUGGGUCCCCUUUGCAGCUGUGGCUGCUGCCAACUGCGUCAAUAUCCCCAUGAUGCGGCAACAGGAGAUCAUCAACGGGAUCACAGUGACAGAUGAGAACAACAACGAGCUCGGCCGCUCCAGGAGGGCAGCAGUGAAGGGCAUCGCGCAGGUUGUGCUCUCCAGGAUCACCAUGGCAGCACCGGGCAUGAUUAUUUUGCCCAUCAUCAUGGAGCGGCUGGAGAAAUUCACCUUCAUGCAGCGGAUCCAGGUUCUCCACGGGCCUCUGCAGCUCCCUUGCACUGGCUGACCUUGAGGUGGAGCUGCGUGACAGUAUCAUGGCCAAGCACGGGGACCAAGUGCCAUAUGUCUAUUUUAACAAAGGACUGUGAAUGGAGACUACCUCAGGAGCCAUCACACCCCUCUGGCCUCCUGCCACCACCAUUCCCACAUCCCCUGAGCAGGGUCAGAGGGACAGUCCAGCCCAGAUCUCUGCCCCCACCCAGCACCUUCUCUGCAGCCUUCUUCCACUGUAGAAUCAGGGUCUGACUCUGUGUCCAGCUUGCAGCAUUUUGGCUUGUCCUGACCCAUGCCUAUCUGCUGCUGGCCAUGUCUCAGCCUUCCCAUGUCCCUCUUGCCCUGAGGGAUGCCUGUGCUUCCUGUGCCUUCCUUUGGCCCAGCCUGUUUGGGCCUCACUGGGUUUGGCCCCAUGAGGCAUGAGGCUCUCUCCCUUGGGGCUCAGAGCACAGUUCUACCUCUAAAAGCAGGUAUCCUGCCAUUGUACCAGCAACCAAACCACAUUCCUGCCUUAAACCACCACAGUAGCCUCUUCCCAGGAGAUGGAUCAUGUCUUGGCAGGUGUGAAGGGACCAGUUCUCUCUGCACCAUGAGACUCACCAUCCCAAAGUCCAGAGAUCAAUGCUUGGACUGUGCAUUCCUUGCUCUCAGGUUCAGGUUCUAUUCACUCUGUGUUUGCCACAAGCCAGGAAAGAAAUAGCUAAUUGUUUUUAGCUCUAUUUUUUUCAUUCCUCUGAGCACUGUCACCCUUGUCCUACAUCUCCAGUCCCCACAGUGAAAGCAUGAAACUGCAGCUUUAGGGAACAAUUGUCUCUGUGCCCCCUUUGACAUGGGGAAGAAGACACAGAAAUCAUAGAAUUGUUAUGGUUGGAAGGACCUCUGGAGGUCAUCUAUUCCAGCUCCCCUGCUGAGGCAGAGUCACUAGAGCAGGUUACACAGGAAUGUAUCCAGGUGAGUUUUGAGUAUUUCCAGAGGGAGAGAUUCCACCUGCCUGGGCAGCCUGUUCCACUGCUUUGCUAUCCUCAAUGUAAAGAAUUUCUUCCUCAUGUUGAGGUGAAACUUCUUGUGGUUUAGUUUAUGGCCAUUGUUCCUUGUCCUGUUGCUGGGCACCACUGAAAAGAGCCUGGCACCAUCCUUUUGUCACCUGCCUUUGAGACAUUUAUAUGCAUAGAUUAGAUCCCUCUCAGUCUUCUCUUUUUCCAGACUGAACAGACCUGGCUCUCACAUUCUCUCCUCAUAAGAGAGGAGAGAAAGAGGCUCCAAAUCCCUCAUCAUCUUUGUGUCUUUCCACUGAACACUCUUCAGUAGCUUCUCUCUUUCUUGUCACAGAGCUGUCAAGGCAUUCACUCAGGCUCUGAAUUCAGUCACUGCUGCUGCACUGCAAACAGCAGAGGAAGGUUGAAAAAUAAAUGUGAUGAUUUUUAAAACCCA